CGGGUCCCCGACUGCGCCGCCGCCUCGGGGCGCGCCGAGCGCUAGCAGUUGCUGGUGGGCGCAUGUGGGGGCGCGCGGCGUGGCGGCGCUGCCCACGGGGGCUGCGGCGCGGCCGGGAGGUGCUACUGGUGCUGGUGGCGUUGCUGGCGUUGGUCGGGCUGCGGUCGGUUCUGCGGGCACAUCGCGAAGCCAGGGCGGCGGAGCCGGGACUCCCACGAACACCGCGCUCCGGCCGGCGCGACCCGGUCCUGUCACGGCCACCGGUGCCUGAGGACGCUCUGGGCGCGCGGGGCGAGGCGGUGCGGCUGCAGCUGAAGGGCGAGGAGCUGCAGCUGCAAGAGGAGAGCGUGCGGCUGCAUCAGAUCAACACCUACCUUAGCGACCGCAUCUCCCUGCACCGCCGCCUACCCGAGCGCUGGAACCCUCUGUGCAAAGAAAAGAAAUAUGAUUACGAUCUUUUGCCCACGACAUCUGUUAUCAUAGCAUUUUAUAAUGAAGCCUGGUCAACUCUCCUUCGGACAGUCUACAGUGUCCUCGAGACGUCCCCGGACAUCCUGCUGGAAGAAGUUAUUCUUGUAGAUGACUACAGUGAUAGAGAGCACCUGAAGGAACGCCUAGCCAACGAGCUGUCGGGGCUGCCCAAGGUGCGCCUGAUCCGUGCCAACAAGAGAGAGGGCCUGGUGCGAGCCCGGCUGCUGGGGGCUUCCGUGGCCAAGGGCCACGUGCUGACCUUCCUGGACUGCCACUGCGAGUGCCACGAGGGCUGGCUGGAGCCGCUGCUGCAGAGGAUCUGGGAGGAGGAGUCGGCGGUGGUGUGCCCGGUGAUCGACGUGAUCGACUGGAACACCUUCGAGUACAUGGGGAACUCCGGGGAGCCCCAGGUCGGCGGUUUCGACUGGAGGCUGGUGUUCACCUGGCACGUGGUCCCCCGGAGAGAGCGGGCGCGGAUGCGAUCCCCCGUCGAUGUCAUCAGGUCUCCGACAAUGGCUGGCGGGCUGUUUGCUGUGAGUAAGAAAUAUUUUGAAUAUCUGGGGUCUUAUGACACAGGAAUGGAAGUUUGGGGCGGAGAAAACCUCGAAUUCUCCUUCAGGAUCUGGCAGUGCGGUGGGACCCUGGAGAUACACCCGUGUUCUCACGUUGGCCAUGUUUUCCCCAAGCAAGCUCCCUACUCCCGCAAAAAGGCUCUGGCCAACAGUGUCCGUGCCGCCGAAGUGUGGAUGGAUGAGUACAAAGAGCUGUACUACCAUCGCAACCCCCACGCCCGCCUGGAGCCCUUUGGGGAUGUGACAGAGAGGAAGCAGCUCCGUGCCAAGCUUCAGUGUAAGGACUUCAAGUGGUUCUUGGAGACCGUGUACCCAGAACUGCACGUGCCUGAAGACAGGCCCGGCUUCUUCGGGAUGCUCCAGAACACUGGACUGAAAGGUUACUGCUUCGACUACAACCCUCCCAGCGAGCACGACCUCACGGGGCACCAGGUCCUCCUGUACCAGUGUCACGGGAUGGGGCAGAACCAGUUUUUUGAGUAUACGUCCCAGAAUGAAAUUCGCUACAACACCCGCCAGCCGGAGGCCUGCAUAGCCGUGGAGGCAGGAGCAGACACUCUGGUCAUGCAUCUCUGCGAGGAACGGGCCCCGGAGGACCAGAAGUUCAUCCUGCAGGGGGAUGGCACUUUACUUCACAUGCAAUCCAGAAAAUGUGUUCAGGCCGAGAGGAUGGCUGUCGGCGACGGUUUUGUGCCGCUCCUACGGGACUGUGCCAACUCGGAGCAUCAGAAAUGGUUCUUUAAAGAACGCGUGUCAUAGAGUGUCACUGUACCCAGGAGACCAGCAGAGGAGAUGGGGGGCCCCUGGAUUCAGCGCAGCGGAGACUCAGCUACGUGCAGGGGCAGACCCACUGAAACCGGGCUGCCCUGUUUUCACAGGGAAAUCACUGUGCAAUGUGUGAAGGGGAUGCGGGCGUGGUGAGGGUGUCAGUGAGCUUUGUACUGAUUCUGAAAACUUUAAAAUUGUUCCCAAAUACUCUAUUUUUCACAGGAUCACAAAAUGUUAACGUUUGGUUGUCAGAGAAUUAAAAACCUUCAACUAUUUUUCUAUCAA